AAAACUUCAUUUUGUUAUAUUCUGGAAACAGCUGCUUCAGUCCUUUUUGCAGACUCUAUACUCAUUUCUGGUGUCAAGUUUAGUACCAUGAUUUAAAAACCAGUCUUGCCAUUGCAAAGUGUAAAAUAAUAAGAUUAUCAUAAUAUCCGCAAACCAUUUUAAUUAUGAAAAAUAUUAUAAUUUAUUCAUAAUUACUGUGAUUGAUAAAUAUAUUCUAUACAUGCCACAAUAAAACUUCGACACGUUUUUCAAAUUUCGAAGUUGUCGUGCUUGGUACUAUUUUGUUAAUCAAAUCUUGUAUGACUUUUUUCACAAAGAAAUAAUAAAAUUAGAAUUAAUAUAAAAACUGAUUACAACAAAGUUGAGUUUUUUAAACCAUUUGAAUUGACGUAAUUUCUAUAGUGUGUUAAUUACUGUUCAUUUUACUAUGGCUAUUUCACGGCGUGCAAUAAUAUCACCAGAAGAUGAACCCGACGGCUUAGAAGAGAAUCAUGUUGUAAGGAAAGAAGAAAGUAUGAAAACAGACCGCGGAAGUAUUGCACUCUUAUUGCUGUUAUACGUUUUACAAGGGAUGCCAUUAGGUUUGACUGGAAGCAUACCCUUGAUUCUUCAAACAAAACAUGUAGCAUACAAAGAUCAAGCUGUUUUUAGUUUUGCAUUUUGGCCGUUUAGCGUGAAACUCCUGUGGGCACCAAUAGUUGAUUCUGUCUUUUCAAGACGUGUGGGUCGUAGAAAGUCAUGGUUAAUACCAACUCAAUAUCUUAUUGGACUAUUUAUUAUUUUGUUAUCUCAGACUGCUGACAGUUUACUUGGACAAGUUAAUAAAAAUGCUGACAUCAAUAUAUAUAAGCUGACACCUUUAUUUUUCUCAUUGUGUUUUCUCGCUGCAACACAAGAUAUUGCAACUGAUGGUUGGGCCCUAACUAUGUUAUCAGAUAAAAAUGUUGGCUAUGCUUCAACCUGCAAUUCUGUUGGCCAAACUGCUGGAUAUUUUAUGGGAAAUCUUUGUUUCUUGGCAUUAACUUCACCUGAUCUUGCAAAUAAAUAUUUUCGAAUAGUACCCAAGGAAACAGGUAUUAUUAAAACAUCAAGCUUCCUGUUUUGUUGGGGUUUGUUGUUCCUUGUUACGACAACUCUUGUGUGGAUUUUUAAACAUGAAAAAGACAAAAGAAGCAAAGAUUCCACUCUUCAAAAAGGAGUGUUUGCUGCAUAUCAGAUGGCAUGGAAAAUAGUUUGUUUGCCAAAUGUUCAAAAGCUUUUUGUGAUACUUCUUACCAUCAAGGUAGGCUUUGCUAUCACCGAUGCUGCUACAGGUUUAAAACUUAUUGAAGCUGGUGUUCCCAAAGAGACACUUGCAAUGUUAGCUAUACCAAUGAUUCCUUUACAGAUUACAUUACCUUGGAUAAUAAGUCGAUAUGUUUCAGGAUCAAGGCCAUUGGAUGUUGCCCUAUUUGCAAUGCCAUUUCGAUUGCUAAUGGGCAUUGUGUUUGCACUAUGUGUCUGGUGGGCGCAUCACGUCAGAGCACCAGGACAAGUUGACUUUCCUUUAUAUUUCUAUGUUACCAUAGUACUAUUUUAUGCUCUACAUCAGGUUACAACAAACUGUAUGUUUGUCUCAAUGAUGGCUUUCACUGCACGUGUCAGUGAUCCUACUGUUGGUGGGACCUACAUGACACUCCUCAACACUUUAUCGAAUCUUGGUGGAGUAUGGACAAGCACAACUGCUCUUUGGUUUGUUGAUAUCUUAACUUGGAAAUCCUGUGUUGGCAAAAAUGAUAGUUCUAUUAACUGUAGCUCAAAAAUUGGUGAAAAGAUGUGUUCUGAUCUGGGUGGUAAAUGCAUAACAAACAUUGAUGGAUAUUACAUAGAAACUGUAAUUAGUGUUAUUAUUGGUUUUCUGUGGUUAAAAUGGAAACGUCAAGCUGUGUCUCAACUACAAGAUGAACAUCCAAAAACAUGGAAAACAUCAUAACGGUUGUUUGAAAUUCAAUCAUGAUUUAUUUAUCACAACAUCAAUUUUAAAUAUCACCUAGACAUCAACAACUAUUCUGAUGUAACAUGUGAUCAUUUUUAACAAAGACCUGCAUAAAACCUCUUGGCAAAACAAACAAUAACUUUUAGCAUUAAACAUAAUUUGCAAUUAUUUAUUAAACAUGCGCUAGGCAGGAUA